UCUUUCAAAGAUUAUCAAAACAAAUCUUUAAAGUUUAAACAUUUUUUCAUCUUCAUAGCAUUUGAAUUUCCAUUAUAUAUAAUCACCAUCCAGCUGCUAAGACAUUAUUCUACAUUGCAAUGGAGUCACAUAUUCAUAUGCAUGAUGAUGUCCAGAGGUUAUCUACAAACAGGCUGAAGGGCAAAGUUGCUGUUAUAACUGGUGGAGCAAGAGGGAUUGGGGCAGCCACAGCAAAAUUGUUUGCAGAAAAUGGGGCCAACGUGGUCAUUGCUGAUAUCCUCGAAGACUUGGGAAGCAGCCUAGCUGAUUCAAUAGGAGGCAGAUAUAUUUACUGCGAUGUUGCUAAUGAAGCUGAUGUAGAAUCAGCUAUCAAUCUUGCACUAGCUUGGAAAGGCAAACUGGACAUCAUGUUCAAUAAUGCUGGUAUUGCAGGUCAUGAUGGGAGCAUCGCCAACCUUGACAUGGAGAAAGCAAAGCAAUUAUUCUCAGUUAAUGUGAAUGGAAAUUUACAUGGGAUCAAGCAUGCGGCGAAGGCCAUGAUAGAAGGUCGAAAUGGGGGUUGCAUCAUAUGCACAGCAAGCUCUGCAGCUAUAAUGGGAGGCUUGGGAUCACAUACUUACACAUUGUCAAAAGCGGCAAUUGUUGGAUUGAUGAAGAGCACUGCAUGUGAGUUAGGUGUGCAUGGAAUUCGGGUCAAUUGCAUUUCGCCUCAUGGUGUCCCUUCGGAGAUGCUUGUUAGUGCAUACAGAAGGAUCAUGGGGAAAGUGGACGUGAAGCCUGAAGAAGUGGGCAAAAUUGUUGGGGAAAGUGGAAGUCUUUUGCGUGGGAGAUAUGCAAGUGUUGAAGAUGUGGCUCAGGCUGCAUUGUUUCUUGCUAGUGAAGAAUCUGCAGGGUUCAUAACAGCCCACAAUCUUGUCAUUGAUGGGGGCUAUACCUCUGCAAAUAGUAACAUGGCUUUCAUUUACCAAUAAUCUAAACGAAUUAUAUAUAUAAGAACAUGAAAAUUAGCAUAUGAUAGAAUUAAAAAAAAAAAAGGUAUCCAAGAUUAAUUAGUUCUGAUCUCCAUUAUUAAUACUACAUAUUUCUUUGAA